AGAAAUAACUCAAAUAAAAAGAAAUUAUCUGCCCACUUGUGAUCAUGACACAAGCCAUCUACGGUUGAAGAAUGCCAUCUGCCUACACAAAACCAAGUGGCUUCCCAGAAGAAGAGAAGUGAUAAAUGCUAACAUAUGUAGAGAAGGAGAAACAUUCUUAGCUUCUUCUGUAGAGCUUCAAACGCACGCCCAUCAUGUUUCAAUGGCGAUUUGGGAGGUCAAAAUUAUCCAACGCCUUGUCUACUGUGGAGCUCUUGGUACAUAUGGAUUGUGAAGGAUGUGAAAAGAGAAUACGAAGAGCAAUCUCGAAAAUUGAUGGUGUUGAUAGCUUGGAAAUAGACAUGGACAAGCAAAAGGUGACUGUAAAAGGGUAUGUCGACCAGAGAAAGGUCCUGAAGGUAGUGAGAAGAACAGGAAGAAGAGCAGAGUUUUGGCCAUUUCCAUAUGACAGUGAAUAUUAUCCAUAUGCAUCCCAAUACUUGGAUGAAACUACGUACAUGACAUCGUAUAAUUAUUACAGACAUGGGUUCAAUGAAAGUGUUCAUGGAUACUUCCCAGACCAAGCUUACUGCACCGUCCCUGAUGAUACAGUCCAUCUUUUCAGUGAUGACAAUGUCCAUGCAUAUUGUAGUAUUAUGUAAAGUGUCUUAAUCACCUUGCUCUAAUUAAAUCACACUUAAAUGUGAAGUAUUUGAGCUUUUACAAACAUACUUAUAAAAAAGUGAUCCGGGAUUGACCCGGAUAAGGAUCGAGAAGAUCCAUCCAGGUUGA